ACUUGCGUUCGCCUUGCUUGUUCCAAUUCUUGCUUGGAAUCUACUGAAUUUCUACGACGUUCCCGCUGCAAAGCACUACAUCAUGGUGCGCCUGAUGCUGUACCCGCUCUUCAGCGAUGUGGACGACCUGUUCUCUCCCCUCGAGGCUCUGGACCAGCUAACUGACGCGAUUCGGCCCGCGGUGCGUCAGGCGGACAAGAAAACGAAGCACCCGACUUCGGAUCGCAGUUCCAGCUGCCUGUGUCUCCGUGGCGCCGCGCACCCCGGCAGCCCUCGGAAGCGUGCGCAGAGCAUCGGUGAAGAAGAGUCGAGAAGCGAUUCACCGGACGACUCCAAGUUCGUUUUGAACUGCAACGUUCGCGGCUACAAGCCUGAGGAAAUCUCCGUCAAGGCGGUCGACGACUGCAUCGAGGUGAGAGCGAAGCACGAGGAAGAGAGUGAGGACGGUUCUAGCUACGUGAAGCGCGAGUUCACCCGCCGGUUCACCCUUCCCGAAGGAGUGAAAGCCGAGACGGUCACCUGCGCCCUGUUGUCGUCCGGCGUGCUGGCCAUCGAAGCGCCCAAGCCGGAGCCUCCCAGGAAGAAGCCGAGGACGAUUCCCAUCGUAGUUGAGUCGUCGAAGCCGAUCGCGGCGGUGGCGGACCAGACUAAUAAGGAGACUGAAAAACCCGAAGAAGGAUCCACCGAAGCUACGCAGGCGUCGUGAAAAGAACAAUCCUGCGUGUUGUGUUGUUGUCAUCUUUAGGAUCAUGUCUUUCCGUUCGCUUCCACCUUCCACAACUUCACCAUCAGGCAUAUAUUACAGAGUAAAAUAAACAUAUAUAUUA